AUGGCAUCCGACAAAGUGAACAAGGGUUUGCUAAUAACUGAUGGUUCGUCUAUACGAAGCGAAAAUGCAAAUCCGACGUUCGAGGGAAACAUGGCAACUAUUCAGCCUCAGCCUCAGCCUCCUCAAACUCAGCAAAAGGAGAGUACUCUUAUGCCAGAAGUUCAGACUCCACAAACUCGGCAAAAUGAUUUGCAAAAUCAAAGUCAGCCACAUGGAAGCACUCCUGAUCCUUCAUCACAUCAGGGAAAUCAACAUCCUCAAUCACCUCAGGCCGAUAUCAUUGGUGUUAUGACAAAGUGUUAUGACAAAGAUAAACUUUGGACUUGUAACAGUUGA